CCACAGACCCAAGACCCAGGGGUUCUGAUGGCUGAGGGCAGCCAUGACAAAUCCUCUGCCUCUUUGUUCUACAUAGCCCCUCAGAGGAUUGGGUGAUGCCCAAUCUCUGGGAGGACGGAUCUUCCUCACUCAGGCUACUGACUCAAAUGUUAACCUCCUUCCUAGCCCAGCCUCACAGACACACCCAGAAAGCACAGCUGACCAGCAGUCUGGCCGUCCUUUGGCACAGCUGAGUUGGCACGUGAAAUUAGCCAGGGCAGGCAGUGUUCCACUAGAGAGGACAUGAGUUUGCUUUUGUCAUGUGCCCGGGGCACUGCCAGUCCAGGACCACUGCGGGGAGGUGGUGCCCCAGGCUGGUGGUCUGCUCCUGGGGGCUAUGUGUGCCCCCACAGAAAUUACAGAAUGUUGCCAAAAGAAGGGGACACGAACGUCAAGAAAACAAGCAGGAGAACUGAAUGUAGAGACACACACAGACUCCCUGGUGUGUGGCAGACAUCAGGGCUUUGGGGAACAAUGGUGUCCUUCAUUCCUAGGGGGCUCCAAGCCCACCAGUCAAAUCAGUUGAGAGAACGGCCACCACAAGAGGGCAUGACUUCUUUGGUCUCGGAGGGUCUUCUACUUAGGACAAGCUGGACACCAGUGAAGUAUGAGAGGUGGUUAGGACUGGGUUGUACGCAGGACAGCCCCCUAUUGUAGAUCUCAGGGGGAAGGGCCAAGGGGCCCGGGGGAGGGCCAAGGGGCCGGGUGGAGGAUCUUACUAGGGAAGUCCAGCUCCCAGGGAGGCCAGGCCAGGAAGGAGCGUGGAGCCAAGGCAGCGUGACUUGGAAUGAAGUCGGGUUUUUUUGUGUUUCCACCUUAUUCUGAAGUAAUCCACAUUAUCUGGUGUAUUGCAAACAGUACUGGAAGGAGUCUUUAAUGGGGGCUGCUGGGUGGUGGGCAGCCAUGCCUUCUGGACUAAGGUUUAUCUGUCUCGCUCCCAUUGCUCACCCGCUGUCCCCUUGCCUUUGGUGGGCGGGGAGUCCUAGAGCCACUUCUGGGGACGUUCCAAGGUGGGGGGAAGGGACUUAAGACCUGAGGGCAGAGAAAGGCGACUCCUGGGGACUACAGAGGGUCCUGCGCACGCCGCGCUGCGUCCCGCGCUAGCGCCCGGGUCAGCGGUCCCCAGGGGUCCCCAGCGGCCAACUCCUGGGUCCUCGCCGCUGGCGCAGAGGCCAAGCGGGGCUCGGGGACCUGGCUCGGGCCGGCCGUCUACGGGAGCUCCUGGUUUUACAAGGGGGGCCAGCUCGCGCCGGAACCCCUCUCCUGAACCAAAUGGAGUCCUUGGGCUGGAAGCGCCCGCGAGGGACGAGGUCCGACUGACUUGGGAAGGGAAACGCGCUCCUCUCCGGCCCUAAACUGCGGGCGGAAAACGAGUCCCGGGGAGCGUCCCCGGAGCUCCCUCUAGGUCCCGCCGCAGGCCAGGGCCCGGAGCCCGACCCCGGCUCUCCCCGGGGGAACGCCUCUUCCCGCCGCCGCCGUCGCCGCCGCCGCCCCGCCCGGACCGGCCCGGCGGGAGCCGCAGCUCCGGCCCGCCCCUCUCUCCGCCAGAGGUGACCGGUACCUGCACGGGGGUGUCGCCCUGGGCACUCGGACACCGCCUCCUGGGAUUAAAGCGCGAGCCGGGGAGGGUCGGCGACUACCUCUCGUGACCGAGGAGGACCCGAGCUCUGUAGGAGGCGGAGGAGGAGGAGGAAGGACGAGGGGCGGGAGUGCCGCGUCCGGGGAGCUGCAGGUCAUCUUGAACAUUCCAAAUACCUACCCUUACCUGAUGCUGCUGAUAAAGUUGGAAUGGCUUUAAACUCAGGAUUACCACCCGGCGUCGGACCUUACUACGAAAACCAUGGCUACCAGCCCGAGAACCUGUACCUGCCGCAGCCCGCCAGGGCCCCCAACGCCCUCUCCAUGUAUCCUGCUCACUACUACCCCCCCGCGGUGCCCCACUACACCGUGAGGGUGCUGACGAACGCUUCAACACCCGCCGUCCGCACGCAGCCCAAACCUUCCUCGGGGACACUGUGCACCUCAAAGACUAAGAAGGCGCUGUGCAUCACCUUCGCCCUGGUGACCGUCCUCGCAGGAGCCGUGGUGGCCUCGGUCUUGCUCUGGAAGUUCACGGAGAGCAAGUGCACGGUGUCGUCGAUGGAGUGCGGCUCCUCGGGGACCUGUGUCAGCGCCUUCCAGUGGUGCGACGGGAUCCUUCACUGUCCCAGCGGGGAGGACGAGAACCAGUGCGUUCGUCUCUACGGCCCGAACUUCAUCCUGCAGGUGUACUCGCCCCAGAGGAAGUCCUGGCACCCCGUGUGCCGGGACGACUGGAGUGACAGCUACGGAAGGGCAGCGUGCCAGGACAUGGGCUACAGGAACAGUUUUUAUUCUAGCCAAGGCAUAGCAGAUGACAGCGGGGCCACCAGCUUCAUGAAGCUGAACCUGAGUGCCAGCCACGGGGACCUGUAUCAGAAGCUCUACCACAGUGAUGUCUGUUCUUCGAAAACCGUGGUUUCUUUACGCUGUAUAGAGUGUGGGGUCAACAGGAAGAUGGGCCGGCAGAGUCGGAUCGUGGGCGGGACGAGCGCCGCCCCCGGAGACUGGCCCUGGCAGGUCAGCCUGCACGUGCAGAACGUCCACGUCUGCGGAGGCUCCAUCAUCACCCCCGAGUGGGUCGUGACGGCCGCCCACUGCGUGGAAGAGCCGCUGAACAACCCACGGUACUGGACGGCCUUUGCAGGGAUUCUGAGACAGUCCUUUAUGUUCUACGGCGAUGGCUACCGCGUGGAAAAAGUGAUUUCCCAUCCGAACUAUGAUUCCAAGACCAAGAACAACGAUGUCGCUCUUAUGAAGCUGCAGACGCCUCUGCCUUUUAACGACAGAGUGAAGCCCGUGUGCCUGCCCAACCCAGGCAUGAUGCUGGAGCCCAAGCAGCACUGCUGGAUUUCCGGGUGGGGGGCCACGUACGAGAAAGGGAAAACGUCGGACUUGCUGAAUGCCGUGAUGGUGCCCCUCAUCGAGCCCGUGGUGUGUAACAGCAGAUACGUCUACAACAACCUCAUCACACCAAGCAUGGUCUGCGCCGGGUACCUGCAGGGCAGCGUCGAUUCCUGCCAGGGUGACAGCGGUGGUCCUCUGGUCACUCUGAAGAACAGCAUCUGGUGGCUGGUUGGGGAAACGAGCUGGGGAUCCGGCUGUGCCAAGGCAAACAGACCAGGAGUGUAUGGGAACAUGACCGUGUUCACAGACUGGAUUCAUCAACAGAUGAGGGCAAACAGCUAACGUGUCUGGCCCCCUCCUCAACACCGUUCCCCGAGACAAGGAAGGGGCUGCUGUUUAACUCCCUGCGCACAAUCAUGUAUUUUUAGAAGUGAUUCAGAGGUCCUUUCAUUUUGAUUAAAUAGUGAGCUUGUCUGUCUCUGGCGGUCUUCACAGUGCUGUGCAGGCCACGGUGGCUGCUCCCCGACCUCUAGUCCAAAAGGGGUGACGGCCGGGCUGCGUGUGGGUGCCCAGGGCCACGCAGGGCGGAGGACGGAGUUUGCCAUGGGCAUCUUUCUCCCCAGCCCACCCAGGGAUGCCCGUGGGCUGGGGACCCUCAGUCUCUGUGGCACCGCGUGAGACAAAGCCAGGUGGGACAGCCGCCCUCUGAGCCCCAGGGCCUGUCCCCACCCUGCAAACGUUUUUCCUGAUUAACUUUUAAGUGCCUUCUUAGCAGCCCAGGAUGGUGGCUGGAAAUAAAGGGACCAUCACCCUUCAUGGGUGAUGACUUGAUUGUCACUUGAAAGGGUGUCAGAAACCUUUUCUUCUUCUUGGGGGUGGUGGUGAGUGUAUUGACGGAUCCCCUGAAGCAAGGACCACCGUGGCCCACCAUCACCACUGAGCGCUGCGGGGUAGGUGGCCACAGCAGGGUGGAUGCGCUCCACCAGCCUGACCCCUGCACUCCUCCCUGGCUCGCCUCCCGGCCUCCUGGGAGACGAGCUCGCCCCGAGGUCCCCACAGUGGGGCCGAGCGCACAGCUUGCUGACCCUCUUCUGUCCGCUAGCCACAGGAACUUGCGGUCACCUGGGGAAAUCAGGGAUGUGUGAUUCAAGGUACACUAUCUCCACGGCACGUCUCCACACGUUACUACCUCAGUGCGCAUGGACUCGGGGCCGUGACGCCUCUGAGUAGUUGCUACAUUUGGUUCUUUGAGAUUAUUGUCCUUGGCAAUUCGAGCUGCUUUCCCAAGUGACUGGCUCCCAAUUUCAUGUCCUGGAAAUGAGUUUGCUGAAGAACAGAACCGUGCUUGCGACAAAGAAGACAAAGGUGUAUUUUGGACUCCGGGCAGCCCCUCUUGGCCCCGAGGUUCCCCUGGAGGCGGGGUCAUGCUUGACUUGCUGGGGGUGGGGUGGGGAGGUCAGCGGUCCCCCUCCGCCCCCGGGACUACUUCCCCCGAGGUUCCGCUUUCGGUCCUGGGCACUGCUUUCCAAGAACGAAAUGAUUCUCCUGCUAAAGUCAGAAUGGAAGGUUUCCCAACCCUGUUCUCAGGACUUGCUCUCUGUUCCUCGGGCCUCAGGGGCAGCGGUGUCCCCAGAGGUCUCCCCGACACGCGGCACCGAGGGGCCUGCCCCCCGCCCAAGCCAGUCAUUUAACAAGCCUUGUCACGGUGAGAAUGUGUUCCUCCGCUGGUGUGUCUUUUUAUUUAUGUGACCCCCCCGUUUGUCUUCUGUUUUGUAUCUUUUUGUAACUGUAAAAUUGAAUUGUGAAAUGCUGUACAAAUAAAUUAUACUUCUUUUUCCAAAUAUUUAUCAAGUCUUUGAAGCCCCCCGCCUGUGUGGAUUUUUGCCACAGUCACAAAAGCAUUGCUGUUAUUGAAUUGCGAGAUACAACUGAAUUUCAGUGAGGGGGCGGGUUCACAG